AUGGAAUUGUCAAGCUGCAUAGCAACGCGGGACUGUUCAAACGCAUCAGGAAACAAGUCAGAAGAAUUGUUACAUGAUGGGGGUUUUCACGCUGGCAGGGACGUAUUCCAGAUCGUCAUCGCUGUCCUCGUUAUUGCUGUUAACAGCUGGGUUAUUUGGCUCGUGGCGACCAAAAGAAGCCUACGUACAGUGACUAAUUACAUCUUGACUAGUUUGGCAGUGUCUGAUCUUUGCACGGGGGCGAUCUCAAUCCCUCUCCUUCUAUCCUGUAACAUCUUAAUAAAGACCGGCUUCUGUGUAGCCGAUUUGGUGGUGAUUGUGUUUAUCUCCGUGUCCACCGUGCUUCAUAUCUUAGCCAUGACAGUCGACCGUUACAUCUGCAUCAUCUACGCCCUGCGUUACCAGUCGUGGGUAACGAAGCGACGGGGCGGUAAACUAAUCGCAUUGAUCUGGCUCUUCUCCAUGCUUGUGGCGCUGAUUCAGCUCGCCUGGACCAAUUUAAACGAGGACGUCACAAUGGACCACUCUGCAGAAGUCACACGUAUCAUAGUCAUCUACGACAUCACACUGUUCGUGGCUGUUAUUGGUCUUCCAGUGAUAUUCAUGGCCUUUGCCUACGCACGCAUUCUUUAUGAGGUGCACAGGCAGACCAUGAACAUUCAGAAGCACAACACGCCUGGAUGGCAAGAAACUCGUCGAAGCACCAGACAGGAAUGGAAAGUUGCCACGGUCUUCUUGGUCAUGUUACUUGUUUUCGUCAUUUGCUGGGUCCCAUAUUACCUGCUACAACUUCAACAAGUUCUCAAGGAACAGUUUCUUGAUAUAAGCACCCAUGCUGUAAUUAUCCUUUAUUGGCUGAGGCUUUUGACUUCUCUUAUCAACCCGUGUUUAUAUAUCUUAGGAAAACCCGAUUUUCGCAAGGCUGCAGGUCUGCGAAAGAGAACCAGGCGAUAUAAUUCGGAGGGAACUCGUACCUCUCUUUUAAAGUCUUCCUCAGUUUGA